AUGCAUAGUAAGUGCAUUGCCGUAAUAGGCGGAUAUAAAGCAGGCAAGACAUCUGUCCUAAAGAACCUUUGCAUAAAUCACACAGAAGACUUAACCAAGCACGGUUUCGGAACAAUUCUUCAUAAAAAAGAAACACUUUCCGGUCUCUUGGAAUUUGUCGAAUUUUCCAUCCCCCCAGACACUCCAUUCCCAUACGAUCUAAAAAUAUUUGAUGCAAUCUUCUUAGUCAUAGAUAUAUGCGCAUAUGAAAUAGAUGAGAUAAUUAAGAUAACCCGAUAUAACCCGAGGUCACCCAUUAUCAUACUAUUAAACAAAGUUGAUGCGAUAUUUAAAUACGGCACAAAGAGAGCAACAAGAAUAUGCAAAGAAAUAAUGCAGGAGAUUGAAGAAGUAAUAGGUAAUGGGAAUAAAUCAAAACCCGAUAUAACCCGAAAUAACCUGUUUCAGCCCGAUAUAACCCGAUAUAACCCGAAUAACCCGAAUAUAAUAUUUUGCAUUGGAAGUUCAUUUGGCUUCGGGAUAUUCUGUGGGAAUGUCUGGGAAUGGAAGGAAAAAGAGAAAAAUAUUCAGGAAAUAAUUGAAAAUAUACAGAAGGUAAUGGAAUAUACAGAGAUGCACUCCAGUGACAGAAAGAGACUAUUCCGGAAAUUAGGAUAUUCGGGUUAUAUUUCUAACGGAAAAAUUAAAAAUAUAAAAAAAAUUAGUGAGAUAUGCGUAAAUGCUGUGGGAAUAUUAUCUUUACAGAAAAUUUUGAUCGAAGUUUUCUUAAAGGUCGAAACCCGAUAUAACCCGAGGUAUCAAGAAGAGGAGAUGGGAAUAGGUGGGAGUAAAUAUAUGGGGAGAGUAUGGGAUAAUACUGGAUUGGGUGAAAUUUGGCAGGAUAAGACUAUGGAAAGUACGGGUUAUUCAGCAAAAACCAACAAAAAACUGAAAAAAACAGAAACCCGAUAUAACCCGAGGUACCAUAAAGAAGCAACAAGAGACAGUGAAAAUGGACUAAACCCUCACAUACACCUUCAGAACCACAUAUAUUCAACCAGACCCAGUGAGACCACUGAAACUAACCAUCUUGACAAUAAUUUAUUAAAAACCAAAAAUAUCCAGAAUUCCUGUAGUGCAACGGUAAUAGAGGUGCUUAAAUCAGAAGGACCAGAUAGAAUAACCGUUCUAUUAAAGGUGCACAAUAAAAAUAUCACAAAUAUACGUUAUAAAGGCAUAUUAUUUAAUAUAAUUAAAUAUAACGGAAAUAUAACAGAAAUUAACCGUAUAUAUAUACUAGAUAUAUACGUAGACAAAGAAUCGUAUGGUUUAAUCAUAAAAUUAUAUUUUGACCUUCGGGUUAAAUCGGGUUAUCUCCCAGGAAUAUCUGUUACUUUCAAGGGGGUACCACAGGAGAUGAAAACAAAAAUUAUUGAAAAAAUAUUUGGACAUUUUUCCGUUAGAAUUAAUUGGGAAAAUAACGGUGAAAAAUAUUUUAACUUAAGAAUAUCUGCUUUAGGGCCAAUAUCCCUUCAGAAUUUAAUGAAAGACGUGCAUAUGUUAAUGAGUUCGCAUAAUUUGCAAUUCGAGAUUAUUACGCCCAUUUACAAUAGGAGAUUGACUGUAAAAGAAAAAAUGAGUUUUUUAUUACCCGUCGGGGGCGACGAGCUUAGGAUAGAAGUGGACUCAAACCUUAUUUAUCAAGGAAUGCACAGGAGGAUUGAGAUUUGCAAGGAAAAUAAAAUUUUUAUUUUAGUUCCAGAGAAUAUUGCAGUGGAAAAUCCUGAAUUAAUUGGGAUAUUUUCGAGUAUCGUAAAGGAUUUCCAUGAGAAUGUGGGUGAGGAUAGGAAGAUUGCGUGUAUAUCCUUUUUUAUAUCUGAAAUUCGCAUUAAAUCUGGCCAUCUCGGGUUAUAUCGGGUUUUGAUGCAAGAAUCCAUCAGGAUAUUCAGAUCUUGGAUGUCACGAUUAGUUUAUAGUCAAAUUGAGUGCCAUAUUCAAAUGGAGAUAGUGUUCCUGUUGAAAAUGAACUGUCCCCUUCCCUCAAAUGACACUUUCAUCCAAAAAAUAGCCCAUUUUAGUACAAAAUCAGUCAUAAAACGGAUAAUAAAAAAGCAUAACGGUGUUUCAUUUGGGGUCAGGAUGCUGCAUGCAGGUUCCCAUGGCAAGGUGACCUGUAUUCUGCCCAUCUCAGAAUAUACUGAAUUUAUGUCCACAUUUAAAAUAUUCUUCAGUGAAUUUACGGCCUACACAAUAGGCAGUGAUUACAACGCGAAUUCAACAGCAGAAAGAAGCGACACAAUUAGUGAAGGGUUAUUCUGGAAAAAUAAAUAG